ACGUCAGAGGUCACGUGGACAUGCACUGCAAACAAAGAUGGCGGCAUGCAUAAGAAGCAUGGGCCAUGCUGUGAUUAGAUUUGGACAAAGUUCAUUCUUAGUGACUGGACAUAGUAGUCAUGUUGUAAAUGCUAAGCGAUAUGUGCGAGCACUAAAAAGGAAACCGGUAAAAGUGAUCUAUCCAGAUGGGAAAGAAGAAACAUUGGCUAAAUCUAACGUUAAUCAAACGCCUGGUCAUCAGAGAGCUACGUUAAAUGCGAAGAAAAACAGCAAAGAUGCUACUGAAGACCGCACAAAACUGGGGCUUCGUGGCCGAACCACGUUCCAGUCCAAGGACACACAAGAGAAAAUAAGUAAUGAAUCCCGACCUUUGAGCAAGGUCGAGCUAAUGGAUGGAUUGCGGUUUGAGAAAGCCCUGCCCGACGAUAAACGAUUAUCGAAGCUGGUGACUGUUGCACGCUCCAGAGCGUACCGGGAGCAUCAAGGCAAGAUUCUGCUCGAGGGGAGACGUCUAAUAUGUGAUGCUCUGGUAGCCGGAGCCAAGCCCCAGACCUUGUUCUUCAGCUCGAUCGAGCGCCUCCGUGAACUUCCUGUGGACAAACUGAAGCGAGCAAACCUUAUUAAAGUCAAGUUUGAAGAUGUAAAGAAAUGGUCUGAGCUCAUCGCCCCACAAGGAGUCAUAGGCAUAUUUUCGAGACCAGAUGUGGACCAGCUUGCAUUUCCCAAGGAGCACAGAGAUCAGUCAGUGCCAUUGUCUUUGAUUUGCGACAACAUCCGUGAUCCUGGCAACUUGGGCACCAUCCUAAGGUGUGCUGCUGCAGCUGGCUGUCACAGUGUGCUACUUUCCAAAGGUUGUGUGGAUGUCUGGGAGCCUAAGGUGUUGAGAGCUGCAAUGGGGGCACACUUCCGCCUCCCCAUCUUCCCCAGUUUAACGUGGGAGGAAGUGUCUGAUCACCUCCCACAGGAUGUCACUGUGCACGUGGCCGAUAACUGCAGCAGCCCCAUCAGAGACGUAGACACCCAGUCCAGCCUCAGGAAGCCAAGCGACUAUGGCUGGGUGAGCAGUAGGAGGGAGAAGAAACGGCACUCCGUCCAGGAUGUCAGUGAGUCAGAUUCUGAGAGCGACACGGACUCUGAUCAUGAGGUGGAUGAAGUGCCCAGAGUGGAGCCCAAACAGUACCAUGACCCCUGGGCCCAAAGAAGCACAGCACUGGUGAUUGGUGGAGAGACACGUGGACUGAGCCUGGAGUCGCUGCGAUUGGCUCAGCAAACGGAUGGGCGGCGGCUGUUCGUGCCCUUGGCUCACGGUGUGGACAGUUUGAACUCUGCAAUGGCGGCCAGUAUUUUGCUGUUUGAAGGCAGGAGACAACUUUUAAAGUUACUGGAGAGGUCUGGGAGGAGACUCAGAAACUGAACCCAGCUAGCUCGCACUUAGCACUUUUUGAAACAGACUACACCUGGCUUGCUUCCCACAAGGAACACUAAAUAAGAUGGGGUAUCUCUGCUCUAAUGUAAUACAUUCUCUAGUUGUAGUUGUACAGUGUACAAUUCUGUAGUUGUAUUAUGUUUGUACAUAAUGAUCCAAUGUUGACAAAGUAAAUAAAUGAUAUGGUUGUGGUUAAUAUUUCAAAA